CCUCCGCUUCGCCGUCCGAUCCCCUCUCCCCUGCGCGUACUACAAGCCAUGCGCUGUUCAGGCUUAAUUGCGCGCACGUCUGCUCAGCUGCACUUGCACUCGAUCAAAAGGAGCUUUGCGACAAGCUCGUUCCUCAGACGAGCUUUCCAGGACGGCGAUGUUGUGCUUCUGAAGGAUAAGAAGGCUGCCAGCCAUGAGGGCGUGUUGGUGAAGCUACAGGCCGCAAAGCAAACCCACACCCAUCGUGGAAACCUGGCGCAUGCGGACAUCAUCGGAAAAGAGCCGCGACAGCUCGUGCAUUCGACGCGCGGAAAUGCCUAUCGCAUUCACGAGCCCACGCUUGCAGAGUACGUCCGUUUGACGCCGCGCUUGGUUACUCCUAUCUACCCGUCCGACGCGAACCUGAUCGUGUCCCUUUUAGACCUUCACGUCGAGACGCCCUCGGAAAGCCCCAACGGUAACUCGCCUGUGGAGAUACUCGAGGCUGGUACGGGCCAUGGCGCACUGACGUUGCACCUUGCUCGCGCAAUACAUGCUGCAAACCCACGGCUGCCCAAGCUUCAAAACUACACUUCCGAGCAAGAGGCAGAAGACCCCGUCUACCUAGGGGAGUCCAUGGCCGACCUACAAGACGCAAAUAUCGAGACCUGGCGCGCGAAUCGGGGCGCCAUCGUACACACGUUGGAUAUCUCCGGUAAACACUCGAAGCAUGCGCGCAAGAUUGUAGAAGGCUUUAGGCAUGGCAUGUAUGCAGGCAGUGUUGACUUCCACGUGGGAGAUCCCGCGUCCUGGAUUACGGAACAGCUGAAGGUCAGGAAGACUGAAGAUCCCUUCCUGUCCCAUGUGCUGCUGGAUCUCCCGGGUGCUGACUCGUAUCUGGACGUUGUGGCAUCAGCGCUGCAAGUCAAUGGCUUGCUUGCAGUCUUCAAUCCGAGCAUCACUCAGAUUGUGGAAUGUGUUGAGAAAAUUCGGAAGGACAGAAUGCCGUAUCUGCUCGACCAAGUCGUCGAGCUAGGUGCGAGCACUAUUCGUGAAUGGGAUGUGAGGGCUGUACGUCCCAGGGCAACCCUAAGGAAAGCGGAGCUGAAGGACACGCCAGAUUCGUCGUCCGGUGACGAACCAAUAGACCCUGUCAAAGGACAAGAGGCUCGAGACAAUGAGCUGGCACGGGAUCUUGCCAAGAACGAGGAGAAGUGGGCAAUGGUAUGCCGGCCUAAGGCAGGGCUGGAGGUAGUCGGUGGCGGGUUUAUAGCUCUCUGGCGUAAGAUGGAGCCUGCCAAUCUAUCCGAGUCCCCGGAAGCCUCGCCUGCCCCAGCGGCUACGGAGGAGGCAUAGGUUCUCUGUGUGCAAAUAGACCAAUGUACAACGUGACGCGCUCACCGCCUUUGCACUGUGCCAGGCUUGAAGCUGUCAAGAUGCACC